AUGCUUAAUAGUUUCCUUGGUUCGAAUAGUAAUAGCAUUGGGAAACUGUGUGCCUCGAGCUCCACCACCGUGAAUGAGGUGCUUGCGCGCGAUGAUCUGCUGUCAUACCUGCAAAUGCAGCGUGAUGAUGAUGGGGGAACAACCGCCGUAUUGGGCUUUGUGGAUCGGUGUGUCUCCACACUCAUUGAGAUGGCGCUUCGAUCAUCUUCACCAAAGGAACGAAGCCCCAUCCGUCAGGGAAGUAAGUGGGGACGUGCGAAUGAGAGUACAAAUUGUCCCUCGGGUCUUUUAAACACAAAUGCGGUAGAACUGAUUGUGUAUCACAUGGAUCUCGCGCACGAGCCGCAAUACAUGAUUGUCCGCAUUGUACCAGCAACAAUAGCCGUACUUGGAAAUACAGACGCAAUGACACCGUUGGUGUCACGAUGUUUUCAACGCAUAUUAUUGGGAGCAUUCGAUGUGGACCCGAUUGCUACAACUACUGCUAUUGCUUCUGUAUUAGAUGAACAGAUUAUUCAUGGCGCCGUUCAAAAAGCUGCAACUAAUUUUAUUGUAGCGGAUACAAUAGUGGCGCUAUUUGGAUCCGCCCUAAGAGCUUCAAGUAUGGUUUCCCCCGAAACUAGAACGCAAAUCUUCACAGAGGCCUGGAUUCAACUGGGGUUUCCGCAGUUGUUAGCUUCUUAUAUGUCUGUUGCGCUACGCACAAAGGAUCAUCAGCCCUAUUUUUAUUUUUUGAAAGAGCUUUUGAAACGAGGCUUUAGCCAUAGCGCGGGGCCAGUGGUUGAUGUGCUUCUUAGAUAUGAGGUAAUGUCAGAGUUUGUGAGGGUCCUUCUUGAAGCAUGUGAAGAGGCAAGAACGAUUUCAAGUGCUGUUCCACUUGCUGCACAGGGUGUGGAGGUUCUUCACUCCAUCAUUGUACUGGUGCGCAGGUCUCUCAUACCUCUCGAUACCAGAGAUAUGUACACUGCAAAUGUGAUUGAUGUCGUACCAAUCAAGUGUCUAAAAAUAUACGCCAAACGUUUCGGUGUACUUAUUGGUGCCGAAACAGAAGUCAAUGUGUACCGUGUCAAUGGAAUGCAAGUGGCGCUUUGUGAAGUAUUUCUAGAACUCCUCCGAUUUCGUGCCCGCGAUACUGAUGAAAUUAUUACGGAAUCGGGAUAUUUGGAAGGAUUGGUGACAAUAAGCGUUAGACACCCCGAGUGCAACAGAUUGUCCAUGCUACUACGAGAAGCCAUCCUAUCCGUCUUUUCGGAAGACCAAAUGAAUGAAGAUAACAUCAUUUUGAAACAUUUAAAGUGCGCAGUGGCUGCUUCAAAACGGAACUUUCUAUCCGGGUGCCUCAACCUUUGCGCAACAGAGGCGCUGCGCAACACUUCGUUGAGCGCAUUUAUGAUUGAUGCGUGUCGAACGCUGGUUGGAAAUAGACAAUAUACAACGGAACCGCUGGGGUUGUUGCGGCGCUUGCUUGGGCCGUUUCUCGCGAACCCUGCUGUUCAGAAGAGAAUGAAUGACAUGGAGAGACCAAUUACAGGUGUGGGUUUUGACGCUCUUGGUUCGGCUUGCCAAGGGAAGGUUCAACAUCGGCCCCUCAACAACCACACUGGCAGGCAACUUUGCGUUCGCAGCGAUUCUCUGGCGUCACCUUGUGGAAAGGAAUUCUUCGUUGGCGUACCUGGCGAGCCCGCGGGGGAGAUGGACCGCGCAGGGGCGGCGUAUGUGGUGGAGGCGGAGGGCGUGGACGAAGACCUAUCUGGCGAUUUGCCGCAAAAUGAUGUGGAUUUUUCUGCGAACGAGGCCCUCCUCAGAGAGGGAGAAGACACCGUGACGGUGGAUAUGGAGUGGGUGGAUGAGGCGGUAGAAAGGGAGGCAUCACCCCAGGUGCGUGCAUACCCGAAAUUUUGCGAUAUGUUUAUGUCUUUCGAGGCGCAAGACGCCAAUUUUUUAGGAGAGGCAAGAGACCCCACCGCUGCUGGAACCUACCUUUCCCAUAGAACUAACUCGGCGGGUUCCGCGGAUGGGGAUGCAUUUGUACACGAAGCAAUCGUGACUUUGGGCCGCGCCCUGCACGCAGAACCCGAGCGCUAA